GAAAAGCGAGAGAGACUCUGGGUGUCGGUGCUCGGCUCCGAGUCACGUGGCCUCGCUGCCAGCUGCACGGAGCUCCCAGCUAGCACCCGCUGCCCAGACGCUGGGGGGCAAGGAGAAAGGGAAGCUGAGUCCUGCUGGUGGCCAGGGGCAGGCGAAAACGCAACCAACAGUGAUAACAAUAAAAAGUAAAAGGAAAGCAUUUAAAAGGGAGUUGUUACUGGAGGCACAAAGCAGACGCCGCAGGCGUGGGAGUAUGUGCAGGGGGAAGUUGGUAGAGUAUUUAUCUCUAAGGGGCGGAGACAGCCCAAAACAGACUUUUGCCUUAGAAUUGUUUUAGCCUUAAGCAAGGGAAAGGCGCAAGGCGUCACCACCGUGCUACUGUCUGCUAUAGAAGCUUAAAGCUCCCUUCAAUUUCACUUGGUGAUUUUCUUUCUUAUUUGGGGUAAGGCCACUGUAUUGACACCCUUUCACUUUCUCCACGCUGAAAGGGUGUUUAACACACCGCUUCUGAAGGCCAGAGGCCACAGCCGGCGACACCGCGGCCUCGCUCCCCGCCGAGGGCACGCAGGCUUCGGGCGGCCGGGGGAAGACUCCGCCGGUGUCCUAGCAACAGGUCUCUAGCCCUGUAAGUUACAGCAUCUGGGCUGGCUGGGAACCCCGAGGAGCCCUUGUUCCGGACCCCCCACCCUUCGGGACGCCUCUCCCAGACACUGAGGCCGCACCGCCACUACCGAAGACUUCGCAAUGUUUCCACUUUCUGGGACUCAAACGGAAAUUUCUUGACGGAGGAAACCGGGUUUUUUCCCACAGACUGUGCGCUGCUGUCAGGCGGAGUCGGGGGCAACUCGCUCACCGCAGAGGAGCCACUUUGGAGUUUCGCGUCCUUCCCACAGCCCAGCCGCGGGCUGGGAAGGAUGUCCAGUGACUCGCGGGCGUCUGGUCUGUGGCCGGGAUGGAAAGUCACAGUCGGCAGGCUGGAGUGAGGGGCGGGAAGAUGCCCGGUCCCCGCCUCGCGGGCUCGCCAGCCGCAUCCCUCGGGUUGGCACACUGAGCCGCCUAGGACCCGCGCUGCGCGCGGACGCCGAGCGUCACCGCCCUGAGCCGCAGCCCGCGCUCCCCCUCGGGGGUGGCCAACACCUGGAGGGCAGGGCAGGGCCUUUCCCGCUCACGCCCCUUGCGCAAGGAUGGCGGGAUCCGGCGCUGCAUCGUAGCGGCUGGGGAGCGCAGCGACCUGCGUCUCCAGUUUCUCCAACGGACACCAGGCAGACUUAACCCUCCGGACAGCUCCAGAGCCCCUGGGACAACCAAGCCGAACUCGCGCCUCGGAGAGAGGCUUUGGAGGCCAGUCCUCUGCGGCGGGAGCGGACACCGUCUCGGAGUGGGGAGUGGAGAGAGACGAAAGGCGAGCCUGGGGCUGGGUGUGCGCGCGUGGGAGCGCGCCUCGGAGCGCCCGGCACUCCCCCGCGCAGCCCGGAGGGCACUUUGGGAAGGAGGGAGUGGUAGCCGCGGGAAUGCGAAUUAGCAAGAAAAAUCUAAGUGACGCUCCAGACAGGUCGGGAUUUAGAAUUCGAAGCUAAAGGCUGCUAGAAAUCGGCUGCUAGAAAUCUUCCUCUGCCCAGCCCCUCCGUCCCCGCCCCGAAGCCCCUGCGGUCUGCUGUGCCUGCUUCCCCGCCCCGGCUCAGAGGUCGCCGGCCGGCGGGCGCCCCGUCGGCUGCGGGCUUCCUCCCCGACACCCGCCCGCGCGCAUGAGGCCGUCGCCCCCGCCGCAGGCUCUGGCGCCCCCCUCGCGGUGCCCGUGAUGCCAUGCCCCGCCACCACGCGGGAGGAGAGGAGGGCGGCGCCGCCGGGCUGUGGGUGAAGAGCGGCGCGGCCGCGGCGGGCGGGGGGCGCCCGGGCAGCGGCAUGAAGGAUGUGGAGUCGGGCCGGGGCAGGGUGCUGCUGAACUCGGCAGCCACCAGGGGCGACGGCCUGCUUCUGCUGGGCACCCGCGCGGCUGCGCUCGGCGGCGGCGGAGGCCUGAGGGAGAGCCGCCGGGGCAAGCAGGGGGCCCGGAUGAGCCUGCUGGGGAAGCCGCUCUCGUACACCAGUAGCCAGAGCUGCCGGCGCAACGUGAAAUACCGGCGGGUGCAGAACUAUCUGUACAACGUGCUGGAGAGACCCCGCGGCUGGGCGUUCAUCUACCACGCGUUCGUUUUUCUCCUUGUCUUUGGUUGCUUGAUUUUGUCAGUGUUUUCUACCAUCCCCGAGCACACAAAGUUGGCCUCAAGUUGCCUCUUGAUUCUGGAAUUCGUGAUGAUUGUCGUCUUUGGUUUGGAGUUCAUCAUUCGAAUCUGGUCUGCAGGUUGCUGUUGUCGGUAUAGAGGAUGGCAAGGAAGACUGAGGUUUGCCCGGAAGCCCUUCUGUGUCAUAGAUACCAUUGUUCUUAUCGCGUCAAUAGCAGUUGUUUCUGCAAAAACUCAGGGUAACAUUUUCGCCACGUCUGCACUGAGAAGCCUCCGUUUCCUGCAGAUCCUCCGCAUGGUGCGCAUGGACCGCAGGGGCGGCACCUGGAAGUUACUGGGCUCAGUGGUCUAUGCUCACAGCAAGGAACUAAUCACAGCUUGGUACAUAGGAUUUUUGGUUCUUAUUUUUUCAUCUUUCCUUGUCUACCUGGUGGAGAAAGAUGCCAACAAGGAGUUUUCUACGUAUGCAGAUGCUCUCUGGUGGGGCACGAUUACAUUGACAACUAUUGGCUACGGAGACAAAACUCCCCUCACGUGGCUGGGCAGACUGCUGUCCGCAGGCUUCGCCCUCCUGGGUAUCUCAUUCUUCGCCCUUCCUGCCGGCAUUCUCGGCUCAGGCUUUGCAUUGAAAGUACAAGAACAGCAUCGCCAGAAACACUUUGAGAAAAGGAGAAACCCAGCUGCCAACCUCAUUCAGUGUGUCUGGCGUAGUUACGCAGCUGAUGAGAAAUCUGUUUCCAUUGCAACCUGGAAGCCGCAUUUGAAGGCCUUGCACACCUGCAGCCCUACCAAGAAAGAACAAGGGGAAGCAGCAAGCAGUCAGAUCUGUAGUAAUAAGCAGAAGCUCUUCAGCAUUCACACCUCCCGGAAGCAGAGUCAGAAGCUAAGUUUUAAGGAGCGAGUGCGCAUGGCUAGCCCGAGAGGCCAGAGUAUUAAGAGCCGACAAGCUUCAGUAGGUGACAGGAGGUCCCCAAGCACAGACAUCACCGCCGAGGGCAGUCCCACCAAAGUGCAGAAGAGCUGGAGCUUCAACGACAGAACUCGCUUCCGGCCAUCUCUGCGCCUCAAAAGUUCCCAGCCCAAACCGGUGAUAGACGCUGACACCGCACUUGGCACUGACGAUGUGUAUGAUGAGAAGGGAUGCCAGUGUGAUGUAUCAGUGGAAGACCUCACUCCACCACUUAAAACUGUCAUUCGGGCUAUCAGAAUUAUGAAAUUUCAUGUUGCAAAAAGGAAGUUUAAGGAAACGUUACGCCCGUAUGAUGUAAAAGAUGUCAUUGAACAAUAUUCUGCUGGUCAUCUGGACAUGUUGUGUAGAAUUAAAAGCCUUCAAACCCGUGUUGAUCAAAUUCUUGGAAAAGGGCAAAUCACGUCAGAUAAGAAGAGCCGAGAGAAAAUAAUGGCAGAACACGAGACCACAGAUGACCUCAGUAUGCUUGGCCGGGUAGUCAAGGUUGAAAAACAGGUACAGUCCAUCGAGUCCAAGCUGGACUGCCUGCUUGACAUCUAUCAGCAGGUCCUCCGGAAAGGCUCUGCCUCUGCCCUCACUUUGGCUUCAUUCCAGAUCCCACCUUUUGAAUGUGAACAGACAUCUGAUUAUCAGAGCCCUGUGGAUAGCAAAGACCUGUCCAGUUCUGCACAAAACAGCGGCUGCUUAUCCAGAUCAGCCAGUGCCAACAUCUCAAGAGGGCUGCAGUUCAUUCUGACGCCAAAUGAGUUCAGCGCUCAGACUUUCUAUGCGCUUAGCCCUACUAUGCACAGUCAAGCAACACAGGUGCCAAUGAGUCAGAGCGAUGGCUCCGCGGUGGUGGCCACCAGCAACAUUGCAAACCAAAUAAACACAGCACCCAAGCCAGCAGCCCCAACAACUUUACAGAUCCCACCUCCUCUCCCAGCCAUCAAGCAUCUGCCCAGGCCAGAGACCCUGCACCCGAACCCCGCAGGCUUACAGGAGAGCAUUUCUGACGCCACCACCUGCCUUGUUGCCUCCAAGGAAAACGUCCAGGUUGCACAGUCAAAUCUGACCAAGGACCGUGCUCUGAGGAAAAGCUUCGACAUGGGGGGAGAAACUCUGUUGUCUGUCCACCCCAUGGUGCCGAAGGACUUGGGCAAAUCUUUGUCUGUUCAAAACCUGAUCAGGUCGACUGAGGAACUGAACAUACAGCUUUCAGGGAGUGAGUCAAGUGGCUCCAGAGGCAGCCAAGAUUUUUAUCCCAAAUGGAGGGAAUCCAAAUUGUUCAUAACUGAUGAAGAGGUGGGUCCCGAGGAGACAGAGACAGACGAUUUUGAUGCCGCACAGCCUGCCAGGGAAGCUGCUUUUGCGUCGGACUCUCUAAGGACUGGAAGAUCGCCAUCAUCUCAGAGCAUUUGUAAGACAGGAGAAAGCACAGAUACCCUCAGCUUGCCUCAUGUCAAACUGAAAUAAGUUGUUUUCUUUCCAGACUUAGCAGUUCCUUUAGCCAUACAUAUCAUUGCAUGAACUAUUUUGAAAGCCCUUCUAAAAAGUUGAAAUUGCAAGAACCAGGAAGAACACGAAAGGCAGUUUAUAAGCUCGUAAUCUUUUAAUUGCAUGAAAAUGCAUGUUUAGGGAUGGCUGAAAUUCCAAGGUGCAUCGACAUUAACUCAUUCACUUAGCAAUGUACCUUGAGUUAAAAAGCCUAAUGCUAUGGGGUGUAUGAGGACAUCACAAGGAGGUCAUUUAGAAGAUUGGAUGCUAUACUUCAAAAUUAUGAGAGUAAAAAACACCUUCCAAUUUCAGGCAUUUCUGCUUCGUGACUAAAUAUGAAAUGCGUUUUCAAAAUUAGGCCAUAAUGUAUAUUUAAACACAAUGGCUAUCAACAGCUGCUAACAAGUUAUCAAGGAAAGCAGAAUUUGGGAAUAAUAGAAAUGGCUGCUUCUUUCAAGAUAUAUUUGCCAACCCAUUCCUAUCCAGUCAUUUUAUUAUUAAUGUAAUUUGAAUGUCAAUUUGUGUGCUUUUGGUGAUUUAGCGCUGUGGCGAGCAAUUUUGCACAUCAUUUCCAUGUUGUUCUUUAUGACAAGAAUGUUCUUCAAUUAGAAAAUGUGCAAAUAAUGAAAUUCAGGGCCAGUGGGGCAAAUAGACGAUAUGACCAGUUGACGUAUUUGACUUUAUAGAAACAUAUUCCCUGAUGGCAGAAUCGACUGUACCAGUGGUCAGUUCCCACACAAGCAUAUAAAUAACCGAUGGAUAGAACAGCCUGCGUGACUGGGCUGGUCUCUCUGCAAUGGCAUCAGCCCCGGGCUUGCCGAUAGUGCCCGCGUAAAGGGCACGGGUGAGAAGCUUUCUCAUUCAGCUGACGUAUUGGCAGGCCCCUGGGGAACGGGACAUUUGAGCGUAACUAAGACAGGAAAGGCUUGAAAGGAAUGCACAAACACCACCAGGAAAUAGGCAAAGUUAAAGAAAAUGACUUCCCCCUCAAGGAGCAAUGAGAGGGAGAGAAAGAAACCAAAAGAAAAGAAGUAGAUUUUUUAGAAAACGAGUAUUGCUAGGGAAUUCAACUACCUAAACAUCCCUUAUUCUUAUAUAUAAACAGAGAAUUUUGCAAGGUAUUUAUUUUUUAAUAUGCCCUGAAUGUCUUUUGCUAUUGUGUGUACAUUUUGCAUAUGAAAGGCUAAAGUUCUUUUACUUUUUAUACUGUAGUGAACAUUUUCUAUUCUCCCCAGAAACAUUGUUCCAAAUCUGAAAUAACUGGUUCGGUGUCCUGACAUCUAUACAAGUUAUUUACAAUUAGAAGCCAGAUAGCACCGUCAGGGUGUGCAAAUCAAAACACUUACUGAUAGAACAUGGCAGCAGAAAGACCAAGGGAAACAAAAUGAAAAACGUAUUUAUCAGAAAGCAAGCAAUGCUGGCCGCUUGUCAGACACCAGUCUAGCUGUCUAGAGCAUCAGAAUUUCAGCCUACGUAAUGGCACUCAGAAGGCAAAGAGACAAGAGGUAGCACGUCAACUCAGUUAAACCCUAGCCAGGGAAGGACUCAAGAAAGGAAGAGGUUUUUGUUCUUGGCAGACAAUAGUGCUGGCCCCAGAGAUACUUCUCCAGCAGUGAGGAAAGAAUGAGCAGGGAAAUCAAAGGGAGGAGGA